AUGACCCAAGAAAACGCCCUGACCAAGACUGUGUUAAAAUGUCUCGUGGACUGCGUCAACCUGAACUUCGUAUUAAAGCCAAACGGCUGCAGUCUAACGGGAUUCAGCUGCCCUCUUCUUGUGAGAUCAACCUACGAAUCUCUUCUUCAUGAACUUUCCUACCAAGUGAAAGUCUCGCCGACAAUAUCUUUCAUUUUGCCUGAAGAGGCGAGUGGAAGGGAUCCGGAAGUUAAAGGGGGCUGCCUAGGAGACGUGAGUGCAGAUUUGUGGGAACAAAUGCUCAGUUCACUUUCAUACGACCCCGAUGAUUCAUUGCUGAGUUUUCGCCCGUCCUGUAAACGACGAAAGCUCAGCAAGGAAUCUUUGGGAUCUCGGGACGCUGAGCCUAAGAAAAAUCUACAGUCACAGCCCCUAGGCAACCCUCCUUCGGCUUCGGGUGAGCUCAAUUUACGAAUCCCUUCGGCUCGCAUCUUUGAACGAAAUUAA